GCGGAGCCUGAGACCUGGUCCAAGCUGAGUUGAAAAUCAGCCCGAUCCAGAGGUUUGUGGGCGGAAAAGGUGUUCCUCUCCCACCAGCAAGCUUCACCAUGAUUCACAGUCUUUUCUUGAUCAACUCCUCGGGAGACAUUUUCCUGGAGAAACACUGGAAAAGUGUGGUCAGUCGCUCUGUUUGUGAUUACUUUUUUGAGGCCCAGGAGAGGGCCACGGAGGCCGAAAACGUUCCUCCGGUUAUCCCCACACCGCACCACUACCUCUUGAGUGUCUACCGACACAAGAUCUUUUUUGUGGCCGUGAUUCAGACAGAGGUCCCGCCUCUGUUUGUCAUUGAAUUCCUUCACCGAGUAGUGGACACGUUUCAGGACUAUUUUGGAGUCUGUUCAGAGCCAGUAAUCAAAGACAAUGUGGUUGUGGUCUACGAGGUACUGGAAGAGAUGCUGGACAAUGGGUUCCCCUUGGCUACUGAGUCGAACAUCCUCAAAGAACUGAUAAAGCCCCCUACCAUUCUCCGGACGGUGGUCAACACCAUCACAGGAAGCACGAAUGUGGGGGACCAGCUUCCAACGGGGCAGCUUUCGGUGGUGCCUUGGCGACGGACGGGGGUGAAGUAUACCAACAACGAGGCCUACUUCGAUGUGGUUGAAGAGAUAGAUGCCAUCAUCGACAAGUCAGGUUCCACGGUCACUGCUGAGAUCCAGGGAGUGAUUGAUGCCUGUGUUAAGCUGACUGGGAUGCCAGACCUCACUCUGUCCUUCAUGAACCCCAGGUUGCUGGACGAUGUUAGCUUCCAUCCCUGUGUCCGGUUCAAGCGCUGGGAAUCUGAGCGCAUCCUCUCCUUCAUUCCUCCUGACGGCAACUUCCGCCUGCUCUCCUACCAUGUCAGUGCGCAGAACCUAGUUGCGAUUCCAGUCUAUGUCAAACAUAGCAUCAGCUUCCGGGACAGUAGCUCACUUGGACGCUUUGAAAUCACAGUGGGACCUAAGCAGAGCAUGGGAAAGACAAUAGAAGGUGUGACUGUCACUAGCCAGAUGCCCAAAGGAGUCCUGAACAUGAGCCUCACUCCAUCCCAGGGGACACACACGUUUGACCCCGUGACGAAGAUGCUGUCUUGGGAUGUAGGCAAAAUAAACCCACAAAAGCUGCCAAGUUUGAAGGGGACAAUGAGUCUUCAGGUUGGAGCUUCUAAACCAGAUGAGAACCCCACAAUUAACCUGCAGUUUAAGAUCCAGCAGCUGGCUAUUUCUGGACUCAAAGUGAACCGUCUGGAUAUGUAUGGAGAGAAGUACAAGCCGUUUAAGGGCAUAAAGUACAUGACCAAAGCCGGCAAGUUCCAAGUUCGAACCUGAGGGGCCACAUGUUCCUUGGAGGAGCAAUGACGGACAUGUUUUCAUUUCUUACUUGUCUAAAAGUAAAAUGUCAGCCUGUUUCUUAGGUCAGUUCCCUCCAGGCUCCAUCCGCUCCCU